AUGUCUUUCUUCGUGCCUGGAUAUGAUGAUGUUCCAGUGCCCGUGGGGAAGCCCUGUGAGGAGAGUCCUCCUGAGGCUGAAACUGCUGACUUGAUUCUUCAGCGGCUGCGUGAUGUGUACAUUUCCAUGGAGGCUGUAAGACCAGAUUUGAUUCGAGGCAUGUGGGUGGCACAGGGUCUUCAGCAUUUGCCCUGGUGGUGGUUGCGAGGCAGAGUGGACUCGCUGUACAGCCUCAGCGAAGCAUCAGGACUUCAACUAGACGAGUUCUGGUCUCACAGCUGGCGCGGUUCCGCUUGGGCCAAAUACCUCAACGUGCUCUUCUUGAACAACAAUCUCGUGGCCUCGGUAGUGGGCACGCUCGCUGCAAUUCUCGCAUAUGCUCUUUACGAGCUCGAAGCGCUGCCCGACAUGAGCUCCGCACUACUGGGACUAGGAAACAUAUGGUCUGUGGUCUGUGGAACGGUGGCAUAUUGCGCGGCUCUGUUGCUCACCCGCGGGCGAAGACUUGUUUUCCUUGACGUUGUGUGCAUCAACCAGCAUGACAGGCAGGAGAAGAUGUUGGGCCUUAUCAGUAUGGGCGCCAUCCUGAAGGGAUCGAGGUCUAUGCUGGUACUAUGGCACCGGACCUAUGUGGCCAGGUUGUGGUGCGUCUUCGAACUGGGCGCUUUCUUACAUAGCCGUGAACGAAGCACGAAGCCGACAAUCACCGUUUGCCCGCCCUUUUUGGGUCCCGCAUUCUUGGGUGGCGAAUUGGGCGUCGCCCUCAUGGCCGCUAUGUUCCUGGCGGCAGGAAACUCGCUCGGAUUUGCAUCGCCGGCCUUCUGGAUUGCAUUCGGCGCUGCUUUCGUCGCAAGCUUGACCCUGCUAGCACAUACCGUAAGAGGGUACUGCCGCGACAUCUGCGUGAUGCAGCAUCAGCUAGCCACAUUCGCAAUUGAUCAAGCUGUAUGCGAGUGUUGCUCACAGCAUAAAUGCGACGGGCUCAUGUUGUGUGACCGCGAUGUGAUUGUUCCAUGCAUAUCCGCAUGGUUUGGGUCUAUAGAGAAUUUUGAGCAAUGCGUCCAGUCUGAGCUGCGCACACUUCUUGUGCAUCAGCUCACGCAAGAAGCAUUUCAAUACCGUCGCAUCUUGGAGAUGUGCACGCCUGCUUUAUGGAUAUAUUUCACCGUUGCAGCCGCUCAAAGCUCUGUAGAGAAGACCGUCGUCGAACUGUGUCAGGGCUUGACCAUGUGGUUGUUCGUGGCACCAUGCCUUGCCAAGAUCGGGCUUCGGCUGUGCUCUGAACUACAGACUCAAUGUUGCAUACCUUGCUUGGAUGUUCUGCUCUCCGCCGGGAUUGUAGCCUCAACCUCUCUGGUUUUCUUUGCCAGCAUGAUGGUGGACUUCUAUUUGGUCCAGAAUGGGCAGUUUUUGGGAGACCGCGGUACGAUGGCAAUGCUGGCCUUCCAUGGUACUUGGGCUGUUACCACAGUUCUUGCAUGGAAGUUCGUCCGUGUACAAAGCUCGGAGCAGCUCGCUGCCUUGGAGAAGGAGAACGCAGAGUUGAAGAAAGAAGCUUCAAACGCCCGCAUGGCCGCUGCCGCAGCCGCACGUCGGGAGGCCCGGGUGGAUAACAUCUCCCGACGCCAUGAGAAUGCAGCAAAGCGCGGGGAGGAGCUCGCUGCGCUUUUGGCCUGCAUGAAAGCCUGGGUCGGUGAGGUGGUUCUGGCGAGAAGCACCGAAGCACUGCGCAAGGAGGCCUCAGAGCGCUUGGCCGAGUCCCUGGCGCGGGCACGCUUGGAGAGCCGCGGAGCGUUGCACCGCGCUUGGAGCGAGGCCGCAGAAGCCUCCCGAAAGGCGGCGGCACUUGAACGUCGACUCGAGGGCUUGGAUGCGGCAAGUCCGACUGGGCCCUUGGAGAUCACCCGGCUAGAUGGGUUCGACGGAUCGCGGCCAAACACCGCCGCGGCCAUCGAGAGACGACUCGAGGAGGCCGACGAGAGGGCUCGGAGGCGACUCUCCACGGCCCGCAGUGUGACCUCACAGCUUGCAGAGCCUCACGUAGAGUCUCUUGCAGCGGAGGACGCGCCGACCAUCCUCGGGGCGGCUGAAGUGCUCCAGCUGUCCAGUCCGGCGGAAAGGUGCGUGCAAACGGAUUUCCCCGACGACGCAUUGGCAGCGCGGGAAAGUCGCAAGUUGCUGUUUACGGCGGCAUUAGGCGAGCAGGCCAGAGAUUGUCAAGGUCGGGCUUUGGAUGGGUGGCGACGGGUCAUUCUGCAGGACCGAUGUGCUCGUCUCGAAGCAUUGCUGAGCCUCCGGAAUGAGAAGGCAGCUUCGCAGACAGCCACGCCUCGGUCCACGAGCAAAAGUUCCAUGCGCAGCCCGCGCCCGCCGCUGGCGCGCUAA